AUGGGGCAGCACGGUGCCUGCCCUCCAUCGCACCUGGUGGAUGCCAUGGGCACAGGCAGGUGGUGCAGUGGUCACACGUGUGUCCCCUCCCUGCAGUGCUGCCAGACACUGGUCUCCCACCACGUGGACCCCUCCCUACGAGAUGAAGAUGGUUACACAGCGGCAGACCUGGCCGAGUACCACGGACACCAGGACUGUGCCCAGUUCCUGCGGGAGAGCGCCCGGCCGGUGCGGCUCCUGAUGACGCCACCGCCACCUCCGUUUCCGCCCCCUCUGCUGUCAGCCGCGGGGCACUCCCAGGAGGAUGGGACAAGGGGCUCGGGGCUCGGGAGCCCCACCCGUGAGUACACAUCUCCAGGGAAGACUGCCCGGCCUGACCAGCCUCUUCUGAGGGAGCAGACGAUCUGUGCGGCACCUCCAUGGGUCACCACCAGCGCCAUGGCCGUCCCCACGGGAGAGAUGGUGGCGGGAGACGCCCCGAACUGCCUGGCGGUGCAGCAGCUGGACAGGCUGCCCUCGGGAGACCUCGACGGGCUGGUGCCCACGCGGGACGAGCGCGGCCGGCCCAUCCCCGAGUGGAAGCGGCAGGUGAUGGUGCGGAAGCUGCAGGCGCGCCUGGGCUCAGAGCCCGCGCCCCAGGCCCAGGGUGAGCGCGGGAGCGUGGGCCCCACGGAGCAGGCAGCCUGGCGGUACUCACAGACCCACCGGGCCAUCCUGGGCCCCUUCGGGGAGCUGCUGACGGAGGACGACCUGGUGUACCUGGAGAAGCAGAUCGCCGACCUGCAGCUGAGGCGCCGCUGCCAGGAGUAUGAGAGUGAGCUGGGCCGGUUGGCGGCCGAGCUGCAGGCCCUGCUGCCCACCCCCCUGGUCAGCAUCACGGUCAACAGCCACUUCCUGCCCCGGGGACCCGGACCAGAGGGUGAGGAGGCCCCCGCCCCAGCGGCCGAGCCCAGGGGCCCCGCGGGGGCCUCGGAGGCUGCUCCGGGUGAGCAGCCCCUGCCCUUCUGGUGCAGCCACAUCGCCCGGCUGGUGCGCAGCAUGUCCCUGCUGCUGAAGGGCAUGAACGGGCUGGUGCCGGGCGAGGAGAAGGCCGCGGGCCGGCCCCCGCAGGAGGCCCGCGGAGAGGCCCCUGCCAGCCCCCCCAGGAGCGAGGCACAGCGCGAGAUCCAGGAGUGCGGGGUGUCCGUGCGGACGCUGCGCGGCAACUUCGAGUCAGCCCCUGGCCCGCCCUGCACCCCAAACCCAGGCCCCUGUGAGGCAGGGGCCCGGCCUGGGCAGUGCCGGAGAGGCGGCUGGCCCUCAGCCCCGCAGCCCCGCGGCGGCCCAGAGCCCACCACCGAGGGAGCACGUAACUUUGACCCCAGGGAUGCCUGGAUGCUCUUCAUCAGGCAGAGUGACAAAGGUGUCAACGGCAAGAGGGGAGGCAGAGGCAAGGCCAGGAAGCUGAAGCUUGGCCUGCCAGGGCCCCCAGGGCCCCCCGGCCCCCAGGGCCCCCCUGGUCCCAUCGUCCCUCCUGAGGUACUGCUGAAGGAGUUCCAGCUGCUGCUGAAAG